AUGGUAUUGUGGCACAUUUUAAAGAAGUUGCCAAAUAAGGGUUCGAUAUUCGGGGCCAUACAUGGUCUGGUAUAUGAUUCGCAAUCCAAUGAAGAAUUCGAAGACGGUUGGAGAGCAAUAAUUGAGGAGUAUGACUUGCAUGAUAAUGAUUGGUUAUCUAGAUUGUACGAGAACAGGGAAUGUUGGUUCGUUGAACAGUUCGAACGUGCUCGUAGGAGUAAGGUUGAGAAGGAAUUUCAAGCUGAUUUUAAGUCAUUUUCGCAGCUGGUACCCUGUGAAACACAAUUUGAAAUGGAGCAACAAUAUCAAUCAGUUUACACAAUUUCAAAAUUUCGUGAAAUUCAAGCAGAGUUCACAAGAAAGGUGUAUUGUGAUAUCCUGUCCACUUCGGAAGGAUGUUCCAAUAUGACAUAUGAAGUACAAGAGACAAUUAUGUGUGAGGGCCAUUGGAGGAAAAAGAUGUAUAUCGUGGCAUACGAGAGAGAUAAAUGUGAAAUUAUUUGCACAUGUCACUUGUUUGAGUUUCGGGGGAUACUUUGCAGACAUACGAUCACAGUACUGGCUUGGAAUGACGUCACACAUAUUCCAGACAAGUACAUACCGUGGAGAUGGAGGAGAGAUGUUUGUAGAGCGCACACGAAGGUUGCAGUAAACUACGAUGGGUUAGUCAGUACUCCUACACAAUUGAGAUAUGAAGAGAUGUCUAACGAGUUUGUGCAACUCGUAAACCUUACUGCAGAUGAUGAAAUACGUUCACGUGCGAUAGUGGAAUGGAUAAAAUGCUAA